AUGGAUUCCAAAUCUCAAGAUAAAGGCCAUGUCCUCAACUCCCUCUACCUAAAACUCAAGGACUAUCAGUCAAUAUUUCUCACUGUCGAGGACCUCGAACUUCUCGGGGUCAAAGCUUCCCAAGUGGAAAUAUCCGAUGGACAACUGCAAUUCGACCCUUGCUUCUUCCAGCCACGCCCAGAGAAAGUUCUUGACAAAUAUCCAAUCGGAAAUCCAAAGGACAUUGCUAUGCUUGAUUGUCCACCAACAUUGGGUAACUUUCUAGACGAGGCAAAAGAGCUCUCUGCGGACGAAAAGGAGCAACUUACCAUCGCGAAGUCUAGGCAUAAAGCAUAUUAUGAGGAGUUCACUCGUUGCGGGUGUUAUGACAAUGCUCUAGAGGUUUAUCGAUAUGUUGACUCGCAACUUACCCAAUUACGAAGGAGAAAUCCAAAUGAUGCGAAUUUUCGGGACUGGUUCUAUCUAAUUUCCCUCACUGAUCUCGAGUACUUUGACUGGGAUAAAGGGUGGAAGGAAGGUGACCCCCCGUCGUACGAGUAUUUCAGACCCAAUCUUUUUUGGAAAGUGCAUUGCGCUUACCGACCUUGGGAUAAUGGCAACCGCACGAAGCCACAUUGCAUUAUUGCAGCCUCCUCGAGUGCAUAUGCGAGUGCCGAAGAUCAAAGUCUGACCAUUCAUGAGCUGAAGGCUAUUGUAAAUCUAAUGCUCCCCCGAGUGGUUCGUGGCCGAUUUUGCAAAGCCGAUAUCCAUCCCCUUUUGCUCGUUUCAUAUACUGGCUUUAAGCACGGCCGAAUCAUCCAAGCCUCUUAUGAUGGGAAGCAACUCACAUUACAAUACUCAGAGCUGUGGAGCUUCGAGCGAGAGAAGACUGCACCGGUGGAGUUAUUCUGUCGUUACAUGUUGAGUGAAGCAGUUGGUCUAGAGACUUGUACGCUUUGUGUCGGAUAA